UAUGAGCCGGGUGAAACAUGCAACUCCAAAUUCUCCAGCCUUGCCUCGCCCUUCGAAGAGUGCCGGGCAGAGUGCGUAGGCAUAUACCUGUGUGACGUUGUCGAUAUACUCAAGAUCUUCGACCCGGAGGACAGAUUCAUUUCUGAAGAUGUAAUUUAUAUCAACUGGCUCAGUAUGGUUCGCGCCGGACUUACGAGUUUGGAGUUCUAUACGCCUCCAACCAGCAGCGGCGAUUCCGGCGCUUGGCGUCAGGCCCACUGUCAGGCUCGGUUUGCCAUUUUCAAGGUUGGUAUACACUUUUCGCUUAUCCAUUCCGAUAUGAAGUACUAG